ACACACACAUUCCAUGGAUCAUAUACACCAUCUUCCCAGUUUCAAUAAAUUAAAUUAAAUUAAAUGAAAGGAAAAAUGCCUUCAAUUAAUUAAAGUUAGGACAGUAGUGUGACACGAGGUACGAGGUGAGAGAGAGUUGUGAGACACGUGUCGGCUUACCCGUCCAAGUGGUCAACAUCCCAAAAUCUUCCCAUCCCAUGCAUUAAACGUACUUCCUCUCGUCACGCCCACGCGCCACGUGUCCUCUCUCCCUAUCGCUACAGCCUACACUCUGUCCCUCUCCCUACCAAAUCCACGCGCCACGUGUCCUCUCAACCAAUGGCAGCCGCACACGUACGCCCCCGCCGGAUCCUUAACACGUGGCGCCGAUCCGCCGCUCCGUCGUAUUUAUUGCUGGACGGUUCAGAUUCCGCUUCUAAACUCACUACUGCAUUUUUUUCAAUCUCAUGCAGCGCUUUUCGUGUUCCGUGCCGGUUUUUGCUCCCCAUCGGAGAUGAUUUUUGGGAGUUUGAGGCAGAGAUCUCCGGCGCCGGAGGAGAGUUGCCGACGGCUUAAGUCGCUGUCGGAUUCCAAGGUUGAGGAUGGAGAUUUGGGGGAUAAUGAAGCCAGGAGGACGAGAAGCUUUCGCCGGAAAAGGAUGGAGCUCCGGCGAUUUAGCAGGUCGCUCUCCGCCAGUAAAUCGGAAGAAGAUCUAUUGUUUAGAGAUGAAUCGGUGAAUCGAAAGCGAUCGGAAGGGGAGGAGGAGACGACGACUGAGGAGAAGUCAUCGGAGAUCGACGGCGGAUGCUCCGGAUCGGAGGCGGCGACCGCGUCGCACGGAAUGGUGUCGAUCAUCGGUCGUAGGAGGGAGAUGGAGGAUGUGGCGACGGCGGAAUUAGGUUUUCUGAAAAUAGGCGGUCGGAGCUACGAUUUCUUCGGCGUCUACGACGGCCAUGGCGGACGCCGCGUCGCGCACGAGUGCGGCGUGAUGCUGCACAAGGUGCUCGCCGGAGUUGUGGAGGAAGACGAAACUAGCGGCGGCGGCGGCGGCGGCGAAAUAGACUGGGAGAAGACGGUUACCGCCGGAUUUAAGAAGAUGGAUGAAGAGGUGAAUAAGAGCGGCGCGGCGGUGGCGACUAUGGGUACGACGGCGGUUGUGGCGGUGGUAGGCGAGACGGAGGUGGUAAUCGCCAACUGCGGCGACUCCAGAGCCGUCCUCUCCCGCGGCGGCGCCGCCGUACAAUUAUCCGACGACCACAAGCCUGACAGACCCGACGAAUUAGAGAGAAUCGAAAUCUCCGGCGGUAAGGUCAUCAACUGGAACGGCGAACGAGUCCUCGGCGUCCUGGCCACAUCCAGAUCCAUAGGAGACUAUUAUCUGAAGCCGUACGUGAUUCCAGAGCCGGAAGUAAGAGUAUUGGAACGAACAGACAAGGAUGAGUUUGUGAUAUUAGCAAGUGACGGAUUAUGGGAUGUGGUUUCGAAUGAUCUUGCAUGCCAGGUUGUUCGGCGGUGUUUGUUCGGCCAGAUACGGCGGAGGACGAGCAGGAGGAGGACCGCCGCCGCCGCCGGAGUGAGUAUCGCCACCAGCCCGGCGGCGGAGGCGGCCGCAGUGUUGGCGGAGCUAGCCAUGGGGCGGGGCAGCCGUGACAAUAUAAGUGUGGUUGUGGUAGGGCUGGAGAGCAAGUGUAGUGUAGUCCUAGUGAAUCAGGAAACUAAGGUAACGGACAAUUAAUUAAUUAAUUGGAAUUAUUAUUGUUAUUACCAUGGACGUGUUUGUAUUAUUACCAAGGUAAGGGUGUUUGUUGGUCUGUUUUAUUGCCAUGUGAAGAUCGAUAAUUUUUAAGAA